AUGCAGACACACUUUUUCUUCAUUUUCUUGUUUCGCCUUGUGAUUAACAUAACUUGUUGCUUUAUCAUUUCAGCCGUAUUGACGCUGUACCUGAUAAACAUUCUUCUCUACGAUGACGACAGUGCAACAAUGAUUUAUCACGUCUUCACUAUGGCUUGUUACUUCACUCCUAUUUUGGGUGCAAUAUUAGCAGAUUCAUUGUUGGGGAAAUACAAGACGAUUCUGCAUAUCUCUAUAUUGCACGCAGUGGGUAACAUCGUUCUAGCCCUGGCAUCCAUUCCCAACUUUCUACCAAUGGCGGUGAUAUCUAUGAUAGGACUUUUCAUGGUAGCAGCAGGAACCGGGGGUAUUAAACCAUGUGUCUCAGCGUUCGGUGGAGACCAGUUUGGUCCAGGACAGGAACGUGACCUUCAGAGGUUCUUCUCAUUUUUCUAUUUAUCAAUCAAUGCCGGAAGUUUAUUGUCUACUUUUUUGACUCCAAUUUUAAGAGCCGACGUAACAUGCUUUGGAGAUGAUACGUGUUACUCACUGGCUUUCGGAAUCCCUGCAGUUUUGAUGGUCGUUGCCUUAAUUUUAUUCAUUGUGGGGCGUCCUCUGUACAAAAUGUUUCCUCCGCAAGGAAACAUAUUGAUCAAAGUGGUGAAAUGUAUUAUUCAUGCCUUAAAACGACGAAUCAGAGCUAGAUCAGAAGGAAUAACGAAAGAUCAUUGGUUGAACUAUGCUGAUGAUAUGUAUGACACUCAACUGAUUGAAGACGUGAAAGCUAUAUUGUGGGUAUUACUUCUGUUCAUUCCACUCCCAGUAUUUUGGGCUCUUUAUGAUCAACAGGGCUCUAGAUGGACACUGCAAGCUAUUCAAAUGGACGGGCAACUGGGGGGAUUCAUCAUGAAGCCUGACCAGAUGCAGGUUAUCAACCCAUUUUUGAUAAUCAUAUUCAUACCACUUUUUGAAUACAUUAUUUACCCACUGUUUGCCAAGUGUAACCUUUUGAUCAGACCUCUUCAGCGAAUCACUCUUGGUGGACUUUUAACUGCUAUAUCUUUUGUGAUUGCUGGGUUCCUACAGAUCAGAAUUGAGAAUACUUUGCCCGUUAUUCCUUCGUCAGGAUUCAGCCAGGUGGCGCUGAUCAACACAGCUCCAUGCUCUGUGAGCAUUAAAAGUGAUAUACUGGAAACCAAGUUAGCAUUUAACCAGAUGUAUGUAGUAAAGGAUAUCAAGUCAGGCGUACCGCACAACCUGACAUUCACCCCUGCACCAGGAGAAUGUGAAGUCCAGCUGGCAUCAAUCGAUUAUGUUAUCCAGACAGCAAGUAAAGGCAUACACGUCCUGAUGGUGACCUCUGACCUUUCUAAGUUAUUAAUACACCAGGUUACAGAUUCAUUGGAGAAACCAGAGAAUGGGGAUUCAAAUAUUCGAAUUUUGUAUAGUUUUCCAUCGAACUUGAACACUUUGGUGUCAAACAAUGGCACAUUUAAGCUAAGUGGACCAAACGACUACGAAUUACCUAUCCAAAACUCCAGUAUUUUAUACGACACUUCAGAAGCGGUUGGAAGUACAGAGUAUACAAGAGUAUUAUCAGGAGUGUAUUCAUUACAUUUGCCAGUAGCCAAUUCUUCAGAAUUUAGUGUAAAACUACCAAGUUUCGAGUUGAAGAUGGGCGGAGGUUACAUUUUGACGGUGGCACCUGACAAGACAUUUGAGGCUACUGACAUUUUGUGUGCCGGAGAAAUUAUGUUCUCUAUAACUGGACUUGAAUUUUCCUACUCUCAGGCUCCAAGCUCUAUGAAAUCCGUACUCCAAGCUGCCUGGCUUCUGACAGUGGCCUUUGGAAAUUUGAUUGUUGUCGUCAUAGCCGAGCUUCAUCUGUUCGACAAACAGUCGCUGGAAUUUUUCAUGUUUGCUGGUCUGAUGGGUGUCGACAUGUUAAUUUUUGCGGUUAUGGCAUAUUUCUACAAGUACGUCGAUCAACCACAAGAGGGCGACGAAUAUCUAGAAUCGACACAGAAAGAUAACAAGAGUUAUCGAGAAGUUAAUUGUAUUCAGAAUGAGGGCUUUCUAGAAGAUACUAAAAUGUGAUACCACUGGGUACAGUACUGUGAUUGUAGUGUCCGUGGUCUUGAAAUAACAAGAAGGUUAUUGUCCUAAAUGUGUAAUAUAAUUGUAAAACUGGAUAGUAAAUAAAUCCAAAAACUGA